AUCAUAAUGAGUAGAAGAUAUGCAAGGUUGUGUGUUGGCCGAGGCGUGCUUUGUUUUCCGGUCCAUUCCCGGAGUCCGGGGUCAAAACCGAAACUGAAACCCGCCUCUAGAAGCGUCAGACAUUCCUCCUCCUAUUCCAACAAAACAGAUCAGUUUCUGAGCCACAGCAGUGAUGAUUUUGGAGCAGAUAUCAGAGUGAAAAAUGGGGAAGAGUCUGGGAACAAGAUAAUGGUGGUUGUGGAUUCGAGCCUUGAAGCCAAAGGAGCUCUUGAAUGGGCGCUAUCCCACACUGUUCAACCCCAGGAUGCCAUUGUGCUUGUUCAUGUAGCUCAGCCCUGCAAACAAGGUGUUGACUCUAAUGCAAAGAAGCUUAAUUUGAGAGCUUUUGAGCUUCUUCACUCUAUGAAAAAGGACUGUCAGAGGAGAAAGCCCGGGGUGGAAGUUGAGGUAGCAUUGCUUGGAGGGAAGGAAAGAGGUGCAAUAAUUGUGGAAGAAGCAAAGAAACAAAAGGUAGCUCUACUUGUUCUUGGCCAAAAAAGAGAGAGGUCAAUGUGGUGGAAGCUAAUCAAGAGGUGCUGGACGAGUAGGCGAAGGAGAAGAACAUCCAGAAGCAGUGAGGUUGUGGAAUACUGCAUACAAAAUGCUGGUUGCAUGACGAUUGCAGUGAGGAGAAAGAGCAGAAGACUUGGAGGGUACUUGAUCACCACUAAGCUUCACAAGAAUUUCUGGCUUCUGGCUUAAGUAAAUUUAAGAUCACUCUUUUAGAUAAUGGACGUGAGUCAGUGA